AUGCAGCUUUGCUUUUUCUUUCUUGCAGUUUGGCAACAUCCUAAUGUCAAUAUUUUUAAACAUUUUAACAUUGGAGAAUGGAAGAAGUGCUCCAAAGAAGGAGAGGUCUCUACUAUUAUGGUAAGUAUAAACAUAAAAAGCUUUUCGUAAAGAAAUUCAGUAGCACCAUGGGUAUAUAAAAAAGAGAUGUUGUCAUGGUCAGGUGGGCUGUUUGGCAGUGACGGCGAAGCAAUCAGCUGGUGAUCCAAGCAGUAUUCAAACCUUUGAUUGCUAGAUUGCAGGUCCCGAACAGCCCAGUCAAAAUGGCCUGGCAGCUGGCAAUAAUUACUCCAGCCGCCUAAUCAACACUUUGGUUUAGUAAUAUUAAAAUUAAUAAUAACCACCCAAAUUUUAGGUCUUUGCUGCCUUCUUCUUUGGUUUUUCUGCCUAUUGUUGUAAAACAUUUUGGCUGGUCUGCCUAUAUGCUGAACUCCCAGUCAUCGUGCCUCCUGGAGUUAAUUCCUGAGGGUUUCAUGACCUAAACAUAUCUACAAGUACAUCCAACAAUGUUUAAACCAUUUGCACUGCUGUCAACACUGCCUUUGCAAAGGUUUAAUAAUAAUAAAUAAUAAUAAUAAUUUAAUAACUUAUAUAGCACUAGUUUACAUAUUCUUAUCAAAAGCGCUUUACAGGUAUAAUGAAAUUAAAGAUUAUGCUGUUAAAUAUGUACAAAACUAGUUAUAAUCAAUGAAAAAUGAAGAAGAAAAACAUAUUUAAAAAAAUAUCAUUAAAAUAGGAAAUAAAUUAAAAUGCUGACCCAAACAAAAACGUCUUAAUGGCUUUACGUAGUAGCGCAAACUUUAACUGUGUGCAGACGUAAUAAAUAAUUAUUGUUCUUUCUUUGCAAAUAACCCCAUUUAGGACAAGCAGCUAAAAGGUACAGUCUACAGAAUUACUGGUUCAAUUCCUGCCAGCAACUUCAUUCAGUUUCCUCGUACUAGUACACAAUCACUGGGAUUGACUGGGCGGUAUCUCUACUGCCUCUUUCGGCCAAUCCCUGGCAAAUAUUUUGUGGUGCAUAUUGAUGUGGCAACAGAUGAUGGGCUGACCAUUAGGAUUUCCUUUUCAAACAUGUUCAAGGAGUUCAAGUCAACUUCAACGUGGCUGCAAUUUCCAUUUGUGUCAAGCCCUCCUCCAGGAUCUGUUGACGAGGUUACUGUUGGCGAAGCGUCAGUGUUAAGUAGUGAGUCCAAUAAUACGGUAAAUCCUCUAUUAAGCCCCCCUCCCCUCCCCUAAUUAUUCUUUACUCAUAAAUGAGAAUAAAUGUCUUUUUUUGAUCUUCCACUGUCUUUCCUUGUUGUUGCCUUUAUGAGCACAGGAUACCAAAAUUAUCGAUGCCUUCAAUUAAAUAUUGAAUUAAAUAAUUUUGUCUCACUCUGUAUCAACAAUUUCUUUGUUCAUUAACAAACAUUGUUUACCCCUCAGCCAUCAAACCAUCUUUCCAAAUUCCCACCCGUCUGUAAGUCAUGCAGCUCUGAAUCAGAAUAACAAAUUUUUAGAAUAAUAAAUAAUAUUAUUUUCUUGGGUAUCUUAGGUCUUGUUGGCAUGACCCCACAGGCGACACGAUGGACUGUUCUGGUGCUGGACUUUCGAUACAUCUUAUCUGUUUACCUGAACCGCCAUUAUGCAUACAUGAAGAACAUUCGUUUGUGUGCCAAUAUGUUUCUUAAAGGACUGUUUACUAGCGAUGUUGAUUAUCAGCCUGGAAUCUCUGCUUCUGAAGCCCGGAAACUGGGUUUGCUAGACCAAGGUAUCAGUCCCAUGCCAAGAGAAAUGGCAUUUUUGCUACCAAAAGGAGAAGAUUGGCUUCAGCUGUAUGACUACAUCAAGUUUCCCCCUGAUUCUAAAGUUGCUCAAUUUGGAAUCAUAGCAAAUGUGAAGUCUACAUUGAGUCACCACAAGACCGUCCCAGUUCAUCAAAGUUCAGAGAGAGAACACUUUCAUUACGAGGAUAAAAAAAUUAAGCCAAAUCAUCGUAGUCGUGUUAAUGUCAAUGGAAAACUGCCUAAAGGAAGUUAUGGAAAUGUUCCUGUGAGGGAUGAAGAGAAGGUAAAUAAUUACUGGGUGCAAAGAAAGUCAGUUUUACAGCUUGCCAUUCAGGCAAGCUGUAGCAGUGGUGGGCAUGAAGUAGCCCAAAAGUCAUUUCAACUAGCCUUAAAAGGUUUUUUGAUGAUCUGUAAUUUGAAUUCCCUUAAAACCUUCAUUUGCCCAUUGGGCAAGUUAGGAACAGAAUACAUUAGCCUGAUAGCAAAAUCCACUGGCCCAGGGCUACUGGACUUUACUGACUUUCUCUCUGCCCACCAAUUCUAUGCUUUGUAGACAGAAAAGCUUGGCAGUGUUAUAUCCCGGUAUUUAGUACUGUAUGAACAUAUUUGUCUUGUCAGUCUUAUCCCGGUAUUUAGUACUGUAUGAACAUAUUUUUCUUGUCAGACGGGCCAGGCAGUAGCUUCUAGAGUGGCAUUAGUGGACAGACUUAAUCCACAGAAACAACCUACAAAGAAGGUAUGUGGUAAUACCACUCAAUAUUUGUCAAUAUUAAUUUUCUGAGUUAAAGGGGGAGGGGGGUUGAGCACAUUGUUCAUUCUUCAGUUUUCAGAGCUUAGAUAUGACAAUGCCUCCAGGGAAAAAUUGAAUAUGCCUUUAAGUAGGAAGACAUGUAUGUGUGUGGUACUUGAUCUUCAAUGUCUUGCAGUCACUAAGUUUUGGAAAUCCUACAUAUCCCCUUCAAUUUUCAUUGUACUAUCCUCGAGCACUGUUUUCAGAGGAGCUAGAUCUCCAGCUUGCAAAAAUCAACAUUUUGAGCCUAAAGAAGGGUACCUUAUUAAAGCCAGCACUUUUUCAAGCAUUUAUGUUAAAUGUUUUUCUCUUUCCUUCUGUUUGUUUGUUCUUUCUGGGAAAACUGUGCAAAGGAGAAACUAGCUCAAGUCAGUCAUAACCUAUGUGUUAUGUUUGUUCCUCAGCGGCAGUUUGUCAUUCCUACUGCCCUUCCAGCCGUUGGAGUGCAGGGAGCAGAUUUGGUAGAUGAGAGCAAUGGUGAAGUGCAUGUUUAUGCCCAUCCAAGCAAAGUUGUCAAUAAUCUUCAACAUCCUAAAGAGAGAGAAAAGGUAUGAUUUAUUUUGAGCCCAAUCUUUUUCUUUUAUACUUAUGGUACUAUUUCUUCCUUGUUGCAAUCAGAUGGUUCAGCAUGUAAUACACUGUAGCUGCCCACAGUCCAUUCUAGUUCAGGGUACUACCUGUCUCCCUACUACCUGUUAGCUGCCUUUUCACUUGCCUACCUGUCCCCACCCCAACUCACUGGCCUGCUGCCUACCCUCUUCUUGUACUUACCUACUUCGUACCUACCGACCUACCUUCAUAACUACCUACCCACCCACACACUUGACUGGCCUAUGAGUUCAAACUUACCUAGCUUUUGGGGAUAGUUUUUCUUUCAGGAGAAAAGGCAGAAGUUAGUACCUAGCUACUUGUCUGCCAACCUUUUCAUCCACCCCCUGACCUGCUUAUAUGCUUACCUACAUGGGAACAGGGGUGUUUACCAUUUACACAAACCAAUCAGGUGGAAAUCUUGUGCAUUAUCGUAAAGUCCUUAACAUUUGUUGUGGUGGGAAAACAACAGGCUACACAGUAUAUCAAAAUCAGCUUAACAGACCAAAAAGAAUAGAAAAAUUGCAUCACCUCACAAAGCAUGGCCCAUAUUUUCUGAAGGUUCCCAUACAGAAUGGCCUGAACCAUUUGAUUUUCCAACUACAUUUUUUCAGUUUUUCUAAGUAAAUGGUAAGUGCCCACUCCCUUGUGCAUCAACUAAUCUACCUGCAUACUUUUUUACCUUCCCACCCAACGACCCACCUAUCUGCUCACCUUUUAACAGUUAGUUUUGACCUACCUGCCUACAUUCCAACUUAAUGCCUAUGUAGGUUGCAACUGCUCCAACAUAGAUAAUAAAUUAUUGUAUUUUAAUUGGUUCUUUUAUGGCCAAUUUAGACGGUACGAAUUUUGCUUACCACUAUACUGCACAUUUAGCAUACGUCAUGACUUUCGACCUUCCACAUGCACAGAAUUUUCAGUUAUGAUAUCCACAUGUGUCGUACGGAUGUCGUGGGUCUAAUUCACACAACAUGAUCUGAGGUGAAGUCAUGACGUAUGUUAAUCGCUCAUGAUAGUCCUAAGUAAAAAUCGUACCAUCUAAGUCAGCCUUUAGACUUUUUUUUUCAUAACAACAAACACGUAAUGCACUUGUGAGUAAAUGAAGGUGCUAUCCUAAUGGCUAAAAUUUGUUUCCAGGCUGCUCAAAAUACAAUAACACUGAAAUGCAAUUUUCAUGAGCCUCAAAUGAUGAGUCCCACCAAUGAAAACAGGGCAGCCUCCCUCCCAUACCCACCCCUACAUAAAGCUGCCAGGCUGUGCUGUGUAAAAGCCAUGCCCUUAAAUCGAAUCAGUUGUUGCCUACUUACACAUGUAAAAGUUUUCUCCUUUUUCAUUCAAUUUGCUGAAGAACCCUGAUUUUCCUACCAAGCAACCUACCUACUCACCAAUAUACCCACUUACCUAAAAAGUACAUACCUACUACUUACUUAUGCACUAUUCCUUCCUAAUAAUACCUUCCGUCCUCCCUUACAGUGUGUACUUGUUCACUGGCCCAUAUUACACAGCAUUUUUUUGUUGUUUAACUUCUUAGUCUCAGAGAGCGGAAAUACCCAAAGCGACUAAGGCAGGAAACUUUACGGUAAAAGUAGAUUCAUUUUUGUGUAAUUGAACAUUUAUUGCUAAUACAGCAUAAUUAACUAAAUACACUUUUAUUAUUUAAUUACCCUCCUUUCUGGAGAACUGCAGAUUCCCAAACUAUCAAAUGGAAUCUACUUUUCUUGCCUUUUUUGUAGACUCUAAAACCAGAUCCAAUUUUGUCUCUCAAAAGAGUGGUAGGCUUUGGAGGUGGUACUUUUCGUGAGGUAAGCUUUAUUUUGCACUUUUGUUUCAGUUUCUCCAGUUGUAGUCUGUGGUUUUUAAUCCUGCUUUUAACAGGCAAUAAAAAGUGGCAGAGGUAAAACGUAAACUAAUCAAUAACGGAGCAUUGUAAACAAUUUUUGUGGAAAAAAAGCAUCAGGGACAAAGCAUCAGGGACACUUGCAUUUUUGAACUGAUUUAAUUUAGACAACUUAAUGAGCUUCUGAAUUUGGCUCUGUUAUUGUUUGCCUAACAGUGUAAAGAGCUUUUCAGUUUUCUCUUUUCCCCUUCUAUAUGUAAAGACUACAUCUCCACUGACAAGAUUACUGUAUUUUGCUCAAUGAUAUUGUGCACAAUUAGAAAACAUGUGCAGUGUAAUGUCAACUCUAGUCCCAUUUCUCUUUUAAGGAACUGUUUAACAGUCAGUUGGUUUACAUUGUAAGUAGUUUUGCAAAAUGACCAAUAUAUUAUUAUCCCCAAAAAUAGACCAGUAUUUACAUUUAGCAACAAAACACAAUGUGAUAAUUUCACUUUCUUUAAAUGGAGAUGAUACCCUGAAUUUUAAGCAAGAAAUGAUGCUGAUGGACUUUCCACAUUCAAUCAAAAUCUUUAACGUAGUAUCCAGUGAAUGUCUCUUAUGAUUUAGUGAGGGGAAUACCUGGUAGUAAUUUUCAAACAAAACAACAACAUGAAAUGUUACUUUUUUAUUGAAUAAGUGACAAUCUUUUCACUUACAGGCACUGUGGACCAAGAAUGGAUCAUGUAUUGUGUACCCAUGCCAUGCCAUCAUUGUGUCAAUAGAUGUUACAUCAGGUCACCAACAGUUCUUCAUGGGCCAUACAGAUAAGGUAUUUUAAAGUCCUGUGUAAAAGAUACCAAUUCCAGAGAAAAAAAAUGGAAGUUGCUUGUGAGUAAGGCUUGAUAGCCCUUGAAUUGAACAAAGGCAAAUGUCAGACAGGGAAACAAGGAAAUAAUAAUGGUAUCAACAAUUUUUAAAACCUACUUUCAAUCAGCAGAAGAAAACCUCUCCCAGUAAGCAUGACAUGUGUUUUGGAGUCUGGGCAUGUUUUUGGUUUUUUUGUUAAAUGUUUGUGGAUUCUGGGGUGUGUUUUGGAUUCUGGGAAGUGUUUGUCCCUAUGAGCCAUGACAUAUUUGGUAGGAAAUGACUCUUUUAAAGAUUAUCUUGGUCCAUGCAAAUUUCAUUAUUCAUUUUGUUUUUUUCUUGCUCUAUGAUAUUAAGUCAGGAAUGCUUUAUUUAUCUUUUCAGGUGGGGUUUGUUACACAAGUAUGUUGCUUAACAUUUGUUGCUUAAUAAAGUGUGUGAGUGUGUGUGAAUUUUUUCUUUAGGUUUCUGCACUUGCAUUUGAUGGAAAAACAGACAUUUUAGCUUCUGCUCAAACUGGUUCACCAUCAGUUAUUAGAAUGUGGAAAUACCAGUCACGAAAAUGCACUGCCAUGUUUAGAGCAGAGGUUCAUAAUGUUCACUGUAUAAGGUAAAAUAUAAUGCCAUCUUUUUUAAAGUUUUUUAGGGUUGAAGAUCCUGUAGUAAUGGCUGUUAAAGUGACAACCCUUAAAAAAAUACUGAAAAUACCCCCCUCAGCCUUUGAAAUAGAGGUGUUCUACACCUUGAAAUUAAGACCUUUUCUUUUGUUCAACUUUUCUCAAAGCAAUAUUAAGUUGCAUAAUUGUAUCAGGGCAAAUUUUUAUCCAUGCUCUUGCAGGGACCUGGAUACUUCUUCACCUUAAUUUACUAACUUGUUGGAUUUGUUUAUUGACAAAGCGCUUAGUGCUGAGUGGGGCAGAAAUGCACGCAGGGGUUUUACUGUCACAAAACUCACAAAACUGUGAAGCGAACAUUUGAAAUAUGCCAGGAAUGUUUAUUGUGUUAUGAGCAGUCUCAAUGAAGAUCAGGACAUGCGAGCAAGGCACAAAACCACAAACUACUGUUGUUGCAUGCAGUUGGUUGGGUUUUCUUAUGCCAGCCGUACUUUUUCCUUAAAACACCGUAACAUUCCAGAAAUAAUUUUCUGGUGUUCACGGUUUUCUGAGCUUUACAGUGGUACCAUCACUGACAGUUACGGGGCUGUCAUGAAGAUUUCAGGGGUACAUGUAAUAUUAGUAGGUGGGGAAUUGAACAUCUAGGGAGUCUUUUUUCUUUUUUAUUUUUUUUUCCUUUUGUUUCCUAUGCAUGAAAGUAGCCAAGGUUCAUACUCAUAGAAACCAAGGGAAAUCCCUGCCCCCGGUCCUUAUAGUGACAGCCUUGCAGUAAUGACAUUUUUAUUAAGUGCAACCUUAUUUAUUUCUCAAAUAUUUUAGUUUAUCGUACAGUGGAAACAUUCUGUGCGGGGUUGGAAAAGAUGGUCAUGGCNACUGUCACAAAACUCACAAAACUGUGAAGCGAACAUUUGAAAUAUGCCAGGAAUGUUUAUUGUGUUAUGAGCAGUCUCAAUGAAGAUCAGGACAUGCGAGCAAGGCACAAAACCACAAACUACUGUUGUUGCAUGCAGUUGGUUGGGUUUUCUUAUGCCAGCCGUACUUUUUCCUUAAAACACCGUAACAUUCCAGAAAUAAUUUUCUGGUGUUCACGGUUUUCUGAGCUUUACAGUGGUACCAUCACUGACAGUUACGGGGCUGUCAUGAAGAUUUCAGGGGUACAUGUAAUAUUAGUAGGUGGGGAAUUGAACAUCUAGGGAGUCUUUUUUCUUUUUUAUUUUUUUUUCCUUUUGUUUCCUAUGCAUGAAAGUAGCCAAGGUUCAUACUCAUAGAAACCAAGGGAAAUCCCUGCCCCCGGUCCUUAUAGUGACAGCCUUGCAGUAAUGACAUUUUUAUUAAGUGCAACCUUAUUUAUUUCUCAAAUAUUUUAGUUUAUCGUACAGUGGAAACAUUCUGUGCGGGGUUGGAAAAGAUGGUCAUGGCAAACAGGUGAAGAUGUAUCUCUUGAAUAUUAGGCUGAUUUAGCAACAGAACAGGAACGUCCGUUGCCGAGGGCGUGCACAAAUCAAACAACUGGGUUGACCAGUAGCACAGCGGCAAAUUGGGCACCGGAAGUCAAGUUUAGUCCUUACUGCACGCUUUCCCGUCAUCAAAUGACGCUCCCAUUCUGUUGCUAAAUCAGCCUACUGUCUGCUUCCUGUGUCAAUGGGGUACCUAAGGGAUCAAGGAGUUUCGCCGUUGGAAGUCCUUUCUUUCUAUUUGAAGGAAGUUUGAAUUAAAUGGAAUGUUACUUGCCAUUGACCCCUUUUGUGGUUCCGAAUUUGUGCUACUCAUAUUCACCCCUUUCAGAUUUCAGUGCAUGUUCUGAGCAUUCUUGGUUAAAGUCUCAAAGCACAUUUCAGCGUGCUGAUGCAUGGCAACUUUUUUCUGUGGAGUGCAUCCUUUGGUUUCUUUGUACCCCUCACAUCCUAUUCCCUUAUCUCCCAUUGUAAACAAAGUAUAUGUGAUGAUUGCCUGGACAACUCCAUGCGGCGUAGGGCUCAUGGCUGAGUUGCAAGGAUGGCCAGCCAUGGGAGCAGUUUUCUGUCUAGACCCAGCUGGUCACAGUGGAGGCCCAGACAGACCAGACACCCAUCUUCCAUACACUGUACAGUGUGAUGCAAUUGUUAACCUUCCCUUUAACUACAUCAUUCUUUGAAUUUGUUAUAAUGUUAUCACUGUUUCAGAUGGUUGUGGUGUGGGAUGUAAGCCAUGCUGUCAGAGGUGGUGAGAUGUCUAUCAUUGCCAAGGCUCACACUGAUGUUGACAUUUGCCGCAUGAGGAUAGCAGAGUUUGAUGACAGCAGGUACUGCAAAUUAAUAAUUGAAAAUAAUCAACUUUUUCUUCACCUCACUAUUACACUAUCUUUUAGUGUUGACAUGAGUAGUAUAGUAGGGACAUAAUUGGAAUCCCAUAAGAGUGAAGUGGAAUACAUCACUGGUAAGACAGGUGAUGUCAUGAAUAGGUAUCCCACCAGAGUAACGGGUCCAUACUAUACUCUUGACAUGUGAUUCCAUUUAGAUCAUUUUUAAAGGAAAAUAUAUUUUCUUUCAAUUGAUGUCAUUCAGAAGUCCUUCUUCAACUUUGUACUGGUUAAUAAAAAUGAAAGGAUAUAAUGCUUCAUUUUCCAUUUUAUGUUAUUUUUAAAUAAUAAUUAUGAUAAUAAUUAUUAUUGACAAUAAAUGUAUGAUAAUGUUAUUAUUGCUACCACUAUUAAUUUUGUAAUACCAUUUGAGCAAAGACAGGUUCUAUUCACGGGAUACCCAGGAGUGUAUUAGAAAUACUGUGACACUCCUGGGUUUACUGUGGCCCAAGAUUUCAACUCCAUGGGUCACAGUAUUUCUGAUGUCCUGGUGCAGGGUAUGGCUUUAUGUAAUGAAACAAAUAUCCAAUGAAAGCACCUUGGAAUGAAGAUAAUUGUCGACCUAGGGUCUGUUCAGCUAAAAGGACUGAAUAUUAAUUUCAUGAGCUUCCUUUAAACUGUGACAUGCACGUAUGAGCCCACACACUACUAUUUACAAGCGUUUUUGCUUCCAUUUAAUGUCUGAAUCUUAUUUGCAUAGUUUAAAGUUUUACUGUGCACUGAAGAAGGGUUAUAAACCAGAAACCUCUUUUAAAGACAUUAUUUUAUGACACUUAAUACACAUUAUAUCAAUUAUCUUAUUAUCUUAUGCAUCACACCAUUCUGUUCAUCAAACAGGGCUUUCAGAGAUCCUGUCUUUGCUGUUGCUUGGAUUGCUAGAUUAACUUUUACAAACUAGUUAAAAGUAACGUUUAUGUUAAAACUAAAAAUCUGCAUUUAGCAAUUCUUUAACCGCUUCUGUUCCUAUUCAGUUGUGCACAUUUUUUGUUAAAUACCUUUAUAUGUCAUUUUAAUGACAGAUUGGUUUCCUGUGGCAAUGAUAACAUCCGGUUCUGGCGAAUUCGUCAUGGUUCUUUGAGGUCAUGUCCAGUUGACCUUGGUCGUCAUGGUUCUGUUGAUUUCAAUGACAUUGUCUAUGGAGCUAAAGAUCCUUUAAGUGCAGAUCCUACAGUUAGGAAAGUGUGAGUGUUAUUAUUAUUCUUUUUUGUUGUUGUUGUUUUGCAGUUCCACCAGUGGCUUUGGUGUGGGGUCAGUAUAGCAUUAAACAAGCUUUUUUUUUUGGNUCAGAUGGUUGUGGUGUGGGAUGUAAGCCAUGCUGUCAGAGGUGGUGAGAUGUCUAUCAUUGCCAAGGCUCACACUGAUGUUGACAUUUGCCGCAUGAGGAUAGCAGAGUUUGAUGACAGCAGGUACUGCAAAUUAAUAAUUGAAAAUAAUCAACUUUUUCUUCACCUCACUAUUACACUAUCUUUUAGUGUUGACAUGAGUAGUAUAGUAGGGACAUAAUUGGAAUCCCAUAAGAGUGAAGUGGAAUACAUCACUGGUAAGACAGGUGAUGUCAUGAAUAGGUAUCCCACCAGAGUAACGGGUCCAUACUAUACUCUUGACAUGUGAUUCCAUUUAGAUCAUUUUUAAAGGAAAAUAUAUUUUCUUUCAAUUGAUGUCAUUCAGAAGUCCUUCUUCAACUUUGUACUGGUUAAUAAAAAUGAAAGGAUAUAAUGCUUCAUUUUCCAUUUUAUGUUAUUUUUAAAUAAUAAUUAUGAUAAUAAUUAUUAUUGACAAUAAAUGUAUGAUAAUGUUAUUAUUGCUACCACUAUUAAUUUUGUAAUACCAUUUGAGCAAAGACAGGUUCUAUUCACGGGAUACCCAGGAGUGUAUUAGAAAUACUGUGACACUCCUGGGUUUACUGUGGCCCAAGAUUUCAACUCCAUGGGUCACAGUAUUUCUGAUGUCCUGGUGCAGGGUAUGGCUUUAUGUAAUGAAACAAAUAUCCAAUGAAAGCACCUUGGAAUGAAGAUAAUUGUCGACCUAGGGUCUGUUCAGCUAAAAGGACUGAAUAUUAAUUUCAUGAGCUUCCUUUAAACUGUGACAUGCACGUAUGAGCCCACACACUACUAUUUACAAGCGUUUUUGCUUCCAUUUAAUGUCUGAAUCUUAUUUGCAUAGUUUAAAGUUUUACUGUGCACUGAAGAAGGGUUAUAAACCAGAAACCUCUUUUAAAGACAUUAUUUUAUGACACUUAAUACACAUUAUAUCAAUUAUCUUAUUAUCUUAUGCAUCACACCAUUCUGUUCAUCAAACAGGGCUUUCAGAGAUCCUGUCUUUGCUGUUGCUUGGAUUGCUAGAUUAACUUUUACAAACUAGUUAAAAGUAACGUUUAUGUUAAAACUAAAAAUCUGCAUUUAGCAAUUCUUUAACCGCUUCUGUUCCUAUUCAGUUGUGCACAUUUUUUGUUAAAUACCUUUAUAUGUCAUUUUAAUGACAGAUUGGUUUCCUGUGGCAAUGAUAACAUCCGGUUCUGGCGAAUUCGUCAUGGUUCUUUGAGGUCAUGUCCAGUUGACCUUGGUCGUCAUGGUUCUGUUGAUUUCAAUGACAUUGUCUAUGGAGCUAAAGAUCCUUUAAGUGCAGAUCCUACAGUUAGGAAAGUGUGA